AUGACAUUUAACUACGAGUUCAAAGCCAGUUUCAGUCCGGCACCAGCCACAGCACUUGUACUUUUCAUUGGUUUCUUUGCCUGGAUUACAUCAACGAUUAGAAAACGGCGUCUUUCCAACGAGCUCAAGUCUGGUUUCAGACAAUCGGAGAACCACGCUCAUAAAGUAACGACCAAGGCCCCUUUGGAACGGCUUGAAGACUCCGACUGGAAAUCCGCAUCACCAAGGAAAUUCAGACCUUUCAAGCCAAUUUAUCACAUCACCAUGGCCCUGCAGUCCGAUACGCCGUCCGAUCUUAUCACAAUCGACAAAGACUAUCUUGAACGAAUCAAUCUUCGCAAAACCCUCAUCGAAAAACAUGGCCAGACAGUUCAUGGAUAUAUUCCAUCCGGCCAGGAUGCUGUGCAAGAGCUGUACAGCUACCUGAUGGCAGAAUACCUACCCACCCGAUAUCCCACAUUAUUCGAACUCGCGGAAAACGGCAGCAUCGUGAGGAAUCAGUAG